AUGUCGUUAUAUUUCUCUGGUAUAAUAGAAAAGAAUUAUGUUCUGAGUAAAUUAAUAAAAGCAAAAUGUUUAAAAAGAUAUGCAUAUACUAAUAACAAAAAGAGUUUUAGUCAUAAUAUCAGUGAAUUAAAAAUAGAAAUGAUAAAAAAAUUAGAAAAAACUAAUAAAAAAUUUAUAAAAAGUUCUCUUACAAGAAAUUUUUAUAUAAGCAAAUACAAAUUAGAAGAUAGAAUACAUUCUGAUUUUAAAGUUGUAAAUUUAUCUAAACUUUUUUAUACACAAAAAAGGAAAUCAUUUUAUAAUCUUAUAAGUAAAAAUAAAAUAAAUAAAAAAGUGAAUUUUUUAAAUACUAAUAAGACAAAUAGUAAAUUACCCUUGUUAGAAGAUGGAAGUGAUAAAAUUAAUGAAAUGUUCAAAAUUUUGUGUGAAAAUCAAAGGAUGUUAAAUUAUUUUAAAUAUAUUUUUUUAAUAAAUUAUUUGAUUAUCAUUUUAGCUAUAUGUUUUAUAUUUGCUUUAUCAGGAGAUAGCAUAAAUUUAUAUAUUAUAUCAAAAAUUGAAAAAAUAUUAGAAGAAAUAAAAAAAUCAAAGGAAAUUGAAAAUAAUAUGAAAGAAAUAGUAAAUAGUCUAUUAAAUAAAAUAAUACAAGAAGAAAAAAAUAAAAUGAUGACUUCAGCAUUUUUCAUUGAUGUACUAAGAAAUUCAAAAAAAGAAAUUGGUAAUAUUUUUAUAGAAAUUUUAGAAGCAGAAGAAGUAAAAAACAAAUUAAAAAGCAUAUUUUAUGAUAUAUCUGUUUAUUUAUGUAAUAAUAAAAAUAUACAAAAAAACUGUUAUCAUUUACUAUCAGAAGCAAUACACUUGCCUGAGUCUAUAAAUUCUUCAGAGAGGUGGCUAGUUAACUUAUUUAAUUCUAAUAAUGUCAAACAAAAUAUUAGAGAUAUUAUAUAUAAAGAUUUAUUUAAAAAUGAAGAAAUGAUAAAUAAUUCUAUUUUUUAUCUUCAAAAGAUUCUUUAUGAUACAUUGCAAAAUAAAAGCACUCAAGAACAAACGAAACUUUUUUUUUCUUCUUUAUUAUCUAAUCAAGAAUUUCAACAUCAACUGUCUGAACAUAUCUGGAAAGUUUUUAAAUUAGCAUUAUCUCCAAAAUGGAUGAAUAACGAAGAUUUUAAAAUGGACAUAAAAGAAACAAAAAAAAAUGAAAUAAAAGAAACACAAACGAAAAAAAAUAAUAUAAAAGAUAUAAGCACAAAUAAUGACAAAACAUGUAAAAAUAAUAUUAUUACUACUGAUAAUAAGACUGAUAAAGAAAAAGAUAGAAUUUAUGCUGAAAAUUCAGAAAAAAAAGAGCAAAAAAAAUAUGAUUUGACCGAAAAAGAAAAUAAAAAUGAUACUGCAGAUAAAUCAAUAAAAAGUAAUUUAAACGACACAUUUAGUUAUUUAAAUGAUGAAAAUCAUUUAAAAAAAGAAAUAAAAAGAGUGAUAGAAAUUUAUGAAAAUGAAAAAGACAAAAUAGAGAACAAUAUAAUUUAUAAUAAAACAAGCUUGAAUCACUCCAAAAUUAAUGAAAUAAAAGAAUUAAAAGAUCAAGAUGCAAAGGAAAAAAAAAUAGAACUAAAUGAAUUAAUAAACGACGAUAUUUUAAAAGAAUCCAUAAAAUAUAUGCUAGAAAUAUCUGUUACUUUAAAUAAUAUAAAAUCUUUAUUAUUUUCUUCUAAUAUGAGUAAAAAAAAAUAUUUAGAUAUACCAAUUUGUAAGAUUAAAAACAUUAAAGAAAUAAAUAAAAUUUUCACUAUUUCAUAUUUAAAUAAUAUUUUAAAGCAAAAUAAUAUUAAUGAACCUAAUGAAUACUUAGAAAAAGAAAACAAUGAACUUCAUGAAGAAAAUAAGUUAUAUAAUUAUUCUUUAGAAGAAAAAAUAAAAUUAACCUUAAUUGAUAUGUUACUAUUUUAUUCAUAUAAGUACUAUUUUUAUUAUUAUUAUAUUAUAAAGUUAAAAUUAAUAUUUCAAAAUCUUUUAAAUGUAAAAGCCUUUUGA